AAAAUUCCAAGUUUCGAUAAAUCGUCUCAGUUGAGUUUUGCAGGUCUUGCACGUGUUCUGUUUGUAAUUCAGUAAAUAUAUAUAUCAAAAUCGAAUUUCUUUUGCCAAAAUGGGCAAAAAGAAUAAAAGCGGCACCAAUUUGGGACGCCAACUAAUCAAAGAUCGCUUUGGGCACACACCACGCCGCAAGGUGGACAACGAUACAAUGCUGCACACAACGGAGCUGCAGGAUGGCUAUGACUGGGGCCGGUUAAAUCUCUCGUCGGUAACGGAGGAGUCAUCGUUCAACGCCUUCCUGCGCACAGCGGAGUUGGCGGGCACCGAGUUCCAAGCGGAGAAGCUAAACAUAACAUUCGUGAAUCCGAGGCAGCGCGUGGGUCUGCUCAGCAAGACCCAGGAGCAAACUAUGCACCAGAAGCAUGUCGAGCAUCUAGAUCAGCUGAAAAUACCGCGUCGUCCCAAAUGGAACAAGGAAACAAGUGCCGAGGAUUUGGAGCGUGCCGAAAACGAGGCCUUUCUCAAUUGGCGUCGAGACCUGGCGAUGCUACAAGAGAACGAGGAGAUUCUCAUGACGCCAUACGAAAAGAAUCUCGAGUUCUGGCGCCAACUGUGGCGCGUCGUCGAACGCUCCGAUGUCGUUGUCCAGAUAGUAGACGGACGUAAUCCGUUGCUAUUUCGCAGCGUGGAUCUGGAGCGUUACGUCAAAGAGGUGGACAGCAACAAAAUGAACAUGAUUUUGGUGAAUAAGUCAGAUUUAUUGACACUGGAGCAGCGACAGCACUGGGCACAGUAUUUUGACUGUGAGGGGAUACGCACAGCCUUCUACUCAGCCACACUGGUCGAGGAGGAGCUCAAGCGUGAGGCGGAGGCAGCCAGGCAGAUGGCUGAGUCACCAUCGUCGGCGCUGGAGCUUAAGCAGCUGCGCGACGCUGUCGAAGAUAUGCAACACUCGCUGGAUGCCGUUGAGCACACACUGGACGCCAUCGAGAGCAAGAUACAAUCAAAUCCAGCGGAGACGGCAGACCUCAGGCUACCCCGGCUGCCUGGUGAUAAGAACAGUGCGCAUCUAUUGUCGCGAACCGAACUGAUUGAUUUCUUGAGACACAUCUUCGUGGGACCCAGGCACACUGCCCAGCAUGUGACCAUCGGCAUGGUCGGCUAUCCAAAUGUGGGCAAGAGCAGUACAAUCAACUCGCUGAUGACGGUUAAGAAGGUUUCUGUGUCGGCCACGCCCGGCAAGACAAAGCGCUUUCAGACGCUGUUCCUGGAUGAUGACAUACUGCUGUGUGACUGUCCGGGCUUGGUGAUGCCCAGCUUUGUGCUCACCAAGGCGGACAUGUUGCUCAAUGGUAUUUUGCCAAUUGAUCAGAUGCGCGAUCAUGUGCCCGCCGUGAAUUUGCUCUGCGAACGCAUACCGCGCCACAUCCUUGAGGAUAAAUAUGGUAUUGUGAUAGCUAAGCCCAUGGAGGGCGAGGAUCAAGAACGUCCACCUUUCGCUGAGGAGCUGCUCCUCGCCUAUGGCUAUAAUCGCGGCUUCAUGACCUCAAAUGGUCAACCGGAUCAGGCGAGAUCUGCGCGCUAUGUGCUCAAGGAUUACGUCAAUGGCAAGCUGUUAUUUGCCCUGGGUCCACCGUCGGUCAUUCAGUCGGAGUAUCACAUAUUUCCAGAGCGCCAGCGCAAACCUCUUGAGGAGUCCCAGCUGCCCGGACAACAGCAACGUGCGAUGCGCAUCAAUAAGAGCACGUCCAAGGAGCUAGAUCAGCAGUUUUUCACCGACAAGCCCAGCGUGGCGCAUGUAAAAGGCCGCACCAAUUUCCCGCAUGUGCGUCUGGCAAACGAUGGCAGCCUGGUGGCUGGGGAUGCUGCAGCCAAGCCCUGGCGCAGUGUGAAGAAAGAGCGACGCGAGAAGCUACGCAAAAAGUUCUCCCACCUCGAUGAGCACUAAGUAUGGCCAUGGGAAUUCGUACCCACAUACACAAACACAAAGAAUAGUUGCUGCAGUGCAGCCAAGACAGCACUUGGCAUCUCCAGUCAUGCAGUAAAUUGCGGCGCACGAGCCUAAAAGCUGGCUGAGAAAACACCCUGUUUUAAAUUUAAUCUAUGACUCUUAAGUUGUCUGCCAGCUCUUAAGCAAAUGUAUGAAUAUAUGUACAUAUAUAUAAAAAGAGAUGAAAUGUGA